AUGAAAAGUUAAUUAGGUGAAAUAAGAAUGAGUCCAAGGUAUAUUAAAAAUAUGAUGAUGUUCAAAUCCUUCUUAACAAAAACUCAACCUACAAUCAAUCCAGUAAUGUUAAGAAUUUAUGGAAAAUUGAAUGCCGAAAGGGAGAUCAUUAAUAGCCAGGAAGUUAAACAAAAACAUAAUACUCCAAGGAAAUUAAUUAAAAGGCCAAAAAUGAAUUCAGAUGAUAAAGUGCUAUUCUUAAUCCAGAAGGAUUUUGAAAGAGAGACAAAAUAAAUUAAAAAACUAGGAAAUCGUACUGCAAGAACGGAAGAGCUAUAGAAAUCCAUCCAUAACUAAAUAAUAAACAAGAAUUCUAACUCAAUCUCAAGUUUGAUCAAUCAAGAAUUUGAUGUAAAAUUAGCACCAUCAUAUUACGAAUUAUUGAAUACAAUCUAACCAGAAAUGAAUUUCAAAAGUAAAUUAACGUUAAGAGAACCUUUGAGUAAGGCUAAGGCCUUGUUAUCUUAGACAGAAGAGAAAAAGAGAAUUUAUGAAUCUUAAAUCAGACAUUAAAGAGAUUUCUUUAGAUAACCAACUUUAACGGAUCUCCCCUCUUUAACAAAGAAAAGAACUACAAUCAAGACCCUAUUUGAAGAUUCAAGGAAUAAAUUUCAAGCUAACCAAUUUAUAAAUAGUAUCAGCUAACAUUGUAAGUCAGAAAGUACUGAAUGUUGUAAAAUACUUCAUUAAUGUUCUAAAGCCUAAGGGAAAUUCAAUAGUCAUUAUGAAGAGCUUCUGGAUAAUUACUUCACUUAAAUGUGA